GAAGAUUUCUUUAUAGCAGGAGACCGAGGAAGAGGAGGCUGUGAUCAGGUGCGGCGAAAGUGCCACCAUGAAGUUCUGGAAGAGCUUGAGCUUGUUAAUCGAGGAUACGCUGCCGGAUUGGCGAGAUAAGUUCUUGUCGUACAAAGAUUUGAAGAAGCAGUUGAAGCUGAUACAUCUAAACAAGGAUGGCGAGAAGAACAAUCCUAAUAAACGGCCCAGAUUGGAUCCCACGGACGGCGGAGAUUGGGCUUCCACGGCCGGAGACAACGGUGAGUUGGUGACCCAGGAGGUGAAUGAUUUCGUUAAGGUGUUGGAGGAUGAGAUCAAGAAGUUUAACGCUUUCUUUGUCGAGAAAGAAGAGGAUUACGUCAUCAAAUUAAAGGAGCUGCAAGAUAGGUUAGUGAAGGCAGAGGAUUCAAACGAAGAACUGAUGAAAGUUGGGACGGAGAUAGUGGAUUUUCACGGGGAGAUGGUUUUAUUAGAAAACUACAGUGCCCUUAACUACACAGGACUGGUGAAGAUAUUAAAGAAAUAUGAUAAGAGGACCGGGGCUCUUAUUCGUGUCCCCUUCAUCCAGAACGUUCUGCUGCAGCCAUUCUUCACGACUGAUGUGCUUAACAAGCUUGUGAAGGAGUGUGAGACAAUGCUUGAUCAGCUUUUUUCUGCGAGUAAAUCGUCAGUCUCACCUGAUGCAACUGAGGUGGAAGAAGGCCGUGACUCCGAAACUUGCACUGAAAAUAAAGAGAAGUUGCUGAAAGGUCCCAAAGAACUUGCAGAGAUAGAGCACAUGGAGAAUAUGUAUGUAAAGCUAACCCAAUCUGCGUUGCGUGUCUUGAAAGAGAUUCGGAGUGGCAGCUCAACUGUGGAUGUGUUUUCAUUGCCCCCUUUGCAAAGCAGUACUUUGGAGGACUGCGCAAAGAUUCCUGUGUUAGAGCAAGUCGUGAAAUAAUUCUUGGAAGAUUUUUGGCAUCUCUGACUUAUUUCCCCGAUAGUUUAUCUUCUGCAUCCCCUCGAUUCUGUACACACCAGAAUGCUAACCCUAUAGUUUGUUCAUAAACCAUGUCAUUUCGAACUUAGACAUGUUUUUCUCCUAGAAUAUUUAUAUUAUUCCCACA